GACAGGGAUCUUGCAUUAUUUGUCUUUGCCUCCCCACAUAAUGCCGGAUAUUUGAUAAAAGUUUAUUGGGCUUGAGGAGACAUAUGGGAAUCUUAAAAGGAAGAAUAUCUUUGGUCCUACAGUUUUGCUGACAUUUUUCUAAGUGAUCUUGAACAGCUACUUCUUACAUAAAUACUUGUAGACUUCUUAUUUUUCACUACAGAAAUCUAAAACCUUUGGAUGUCAGAGACUUAAAAACACUACUCUUAGGAGAUCGUCUACAUUUAACCUAAGAGUUUCUCCCUUCUUAGUCCAAAAUGUUGAGAUACUGGGGAGAGAUACCAAUCUCAUCAAGCCAGACCAAUAGAAGUUCAUUUGAUUUGCUCCCACGGGAGUUCCGUCUGGUGGAAGUCCAUGACCCACCCCUGCACCAGCCAUCAGCCAACAAGCCCAGGCCCCCAACUAUGCUGGACAUCCCAUCAGAGCCAUGCAGCCUCACCAUCCAUACCAUUCAGCUGAUCCAGCACAACCGACGUCUCCGCAGCCUUAUUGCCACAGCUCAGGCCCAGAAUCAGCAGCCAACAGAAGGUAUAAAGACUGAAGAGAGUGAACCUCUUCCUUCCUGCCCUGGAUCACCUCCACUCCCUGAUGACCUCCUGCCUUUAGACUGCAAGAAUCCCCAUACACCAUUCCAGAUCCGGCACAGUGACCCAGAAAGCGACUUUUAUCGUGGGAGAGGUGAGCCUGUGACUGAACUCAGCUGGCACUCCUGUCGACAGCUCCUCUACCAGGCAGUGGCCACAAUCUUGGCCCAUGCAGGUUUUGAGAGUGCUAACGAAAGUGUCCUGGAGACCCUAACUGAUGUAGCACAUGAGUAUUGCCUUAAGUUCACCAAGUUGCUGCGCUUUGCUACAGAUCGGGAGGCCCGGCUGGGGCAGACUCCUUUCCCCGAUAUUAUGGAGCAGGUAUUCCAUGAAGUGGGCAUUGGCAGUGUACUUUCCCUUCAGAAGUUCUGGCAGCACCGCAUCAAGGACUAUCACAGUUACAUGCUACAGAUUAGUAAGCAACUUUCUGAAGAGUAUGAAAGGAUUGUGAAUCCUGAGAAGGCCACAGAGGACACCAAACCUGUGAAGAUUAAGGAAGAACCUGUGAGUGACAUCACCUUCCCUGUCAGUGAGGAGCUAGAGGCAGACCUUGCUUCUGGAGACCAGUCACUGCCCAUGGGGGUCCUCGGGGCUCAGAAUGAGCGUCUACCAUCUAACCUGGAGGUUGAAGCUUCGCCACAGGCUUCAAGUACAGAGGUAAAUGCUUCCCCGCUUUGGAACCUGGCUCAUGUGAAAAUGGAGCCUCAAGAGAGUGAAGAAGGGAACGUAUCUGGGCACGGUGUGCUGGGCAGCGAUGUCUUUGAGGAGCCCAUGUCAGGCAUGAGUGAAGCCGGGAUCCCCCAGAGCCCUGAUGACUCAGACAGCAGCUAUGGUUCCCACUCCACUGAUAGCCUCAUGGGGUCCUCCCCUGUCUUCAACCAGCGCUGCAAGAAGAGGAUGAGGAAAAUAUAAAAGAGAGAGAGGGAUAUUUUCUGUACAAACCUCCUAAGAACCAACAGGAAACCUUGCUGUUUUAGAAUUUCUUUCCAUAAACAGUGGUUUGAUUUAUUUUUAAACCCAGUGGAUCUUCCUAAUUUCAGUAGUACUGAGUUUAACCAAGGUUGCAUUUUACUUUUGCAGUUGUUGAACAGUUUGCCACAGCAAUCAAGCCACCUUUCCCAGACACGGAACACAACACCGAUGGUAAUCAGGAAACCAAAGCACUG